GCCCAACAUGGACGAGGCGUUCACGUUCCAGAUCCUCACAGAUGACGAGAUCCUGGCAUGCACCGACGAGCUGUCAAUUCCUCUGACGCUGGAGAACCUCAAGCGGCCCAACAUGGCAGCCAUGACACCGGUGUACGAGCGGUUUGUCAUGUUGCUCAUGGGCGAGCCGUCGGAGCCGCACCCGGCGGCCGAGGAGAUUGCCGCAGAGCUGUUCGACCACCCGGAGCUCUACGAGCAUGCCAUCUGCCGCGGCGAGCUUCGCAAGCGACUGAUCAAGCUUAUGAACGCGUGCGGAGUGGACGACUUUUCGCUGGCGGACGUCAUCAAGCCGCUCUACAAGCGGACGCGCAAGAACCUGUCGGGACUGAUCAACUUUGCCAAGUUCCGCGAGGACCAGCUGCCUGUGUACCAGAAGCACGCCGACGCGGCCGAGGCGCGGCUGGCGGAGCUCGACCAGGUUCGCGAUGAGGAGGAUGCUGCGCGUGAAGAGCUUGCCAUGCUCGAGGAGGAGCAGGCGGCAAAGGAGCCGAUGCUGGAGGCGCUGCGUGAGGAGAACAAGGCUGUUGUCGCUGAGCUCCACGCCAAGUACGCCGAGCAGCAAGAGCUUCGCGACAAGUCGAAGCAGCUCAAGGAUAAGCUCAAGUCGAGCAAGGAUGCGGUGGCCAACCUCGAGUUCCAGGUUGUGGCCGAGAAGCAGACGCUUAACGCGCUCAAGCUGCAGAUUGUGUCGUCGCCGGAAAAGCUGGAGACGCGGAUCGGGCAGCUGAAGCAGGCCGAGGUGGAGGCCAAGGAGGGUCUUGCAGCGGCCAAGGCCAAGACCAGCGGGUACCAGGCCAAGCUGGACGCGGUGGAGCAGCUGACGGCGUCGUUUGAGGCACUGCUGAGUGUGCUCGACGGCGCCGAGGCUGAGGCGGCCAAGGCCGCUGGCCUCGUUGACAAGAUCUCCGGGCUGGAGGGCGCGGCCAUGGAGGCCGAGGCUGCCAGCCGCGAGAUGGAGAUGACCCAGCGGCAUGCCGAGGCCACGCUCGAGUCGACGGUUGAGAAGCUUGCGCGGGUCGAAGCCCAGUCCGAGGCCAAGAAGGCCGCAGCCGAGGCUGCGCUGUUCAAGGCUCGCGACGAGCACGCCGCAGUGGAGGCCGACUUCCAGUCGGCGCGCGUCCAGAUCGACGAGAACUCAGCAGUCAUUGCCCAGCUUCGCGAAAAGAUUGACCGCAAGGUUGCUGAGCACAAUGCCGAGAUGGCCGAGAUGGAGGGCAACUAUGACAAGCUCCGCGAGCACGUCAAAAGCUACCACGAGCAGCUCUUCGAGUGCAUUGCCACGGGCAUUGUUCCGGCCGCUCCCGGCCCUGCGCUCACCACUGCCGAGCUCGAGUCUGCCCCGGCCGCGCCCGCGCCGGCCGCAGACUACAAGCCCGCACCCGCACCUGCGUUGAGCAAGCGCAGCUCGCGCGCCUCGCUCUCGGGCUCGCUCACCCUCUCGCAGCACCGCGCCUCGCUCUCAGGCUCCACUGCCUCGUUGCGCGCCUCCCUGCUGGGAUCGGGCUCGCAGGCCAAGCGCCGGACCUCGUUUGUUGCUGAGCUCCGCUGAGUCUUCAACCCUGUAAACUGAGUCAACCAC